AUCAUCGCAACAGCAGCCGAGCAGAGCAGAGCAAUCUUCUUCUUCCAUCUCUCGUCGAUGGCCAAGAUCCAGCCCCAUCCUUCCUCUCCCUGCUCCAGCUCUUCCUACGGAAACCAACAGAGCUCGCAGGCUUACACGGUGUGGAUGAAGUCGCUGGUCUUCAACGGCAACGGCUGCGCGGUGUAUGGCCCCGACGGCGCCGUCGCCUUCCGCGUCGACAACUACGGCUGCAGGGGCGGCCGCGAGGUUCUCUUCAUGGACCGCGCCGGCAACGCCCUCAUCAGGAUCAGGCGCAAGGGCUUCGGCAUGUUCAGGAGGUGGGAGGUCUCCCGCUGCGCCCAAGACGGAGGCCAGGACGAGGAGGCGACUCCUUGGUUCAGCGUGCGCCGGGCCGAGAAGGGCGGGGCCGCCGUGGUGAUGCACGGCGGCUCGGGGACGUGCUACACGAUAGAAGGAUGCUGCGCGCGCAAAGCGGAGAACAGAAUCCGCGACGUGGACGGCACAGUCGUGGCGGAGGUGGCGCGGAAGCAGACGGCGGCGGGUGUGGUGCUCGGGGAGGACGUGCUGACCCUGACGGUGGGACCAAAGGUGGACCAACUGCUCGUGUUGGGCUUGGUCGUUGUGCGUGGCCUCAUGAACCGUUCCUUGUGAUGGAUGCAUGAUGCAUGCAACGGGCGAUGGUUUCUCCUAGCGAAAAUAUUGAAUUUUGUAGAGCUAGCUUAGAGUAGCCGAGAGUUUGCUUAACAUGAAACAUUUAGAAACCUUUUUGGGAACAUUUUUUUGACAAA